UCGCUGUCGUUGGCCUCCGCCCGGUGUCCAUGUUCAACACGAAUGUCGCCUCGCUCGUCGAGUGCGCGCUGCGCGAUUGCCAUUCGAAGAAGGUGAGGUGGACGGAGGGUCGGUCUCCAAGAAACAUGACCAGAGAAAAAAUGGCAACAGCAAAUGAGAAAACUCCGAGCUUCCUUCGAGCUUUGCGCGGGGACGCAGUGAUCGGUUUGGUGAACAUGGCAGACGACGACGCGAUCGAAUGGGGCAUUGUGGCGAAGACUGCAGUAGUAGAGUUUGAGAGGGUGUCGGAGAAUAUCAAAUGGAGCGAUCUGUUCCCCGAGUGGAUCGACGAGGAGGAGGUGUUCGAGGGCAUGUCGUGCCCCGAGAUACCGAUGCCGGGCUUUGCGGCAUACGAAGAGAUGGACGUGGUGGUGGUUAAGCUGCCAUGCCGGAUUCCUGAUGUUGGCUGGAACCGGGACGUGUUUAGGCUGCAAGUUCAUUUGGUGGCCGCGAACUUGGCGGUGAAAAGGGGGAAGAGGGACUGGCGGGGGACGGCAAAGUUGGCGUUUCUGAGUAAGUGCGAGCCGAUGAGGGAGCUGUUCCGGUGCGACGACAUAGCGGGGAGGGAGGGAGAGUGGUCGAUGUAUGAAGCUCAGGUGGAGAGGUUGGAGGAGAAGCUGAGGUUGCCGUUGGGGUCGUGCAUGUUAGCAAUGCCUCUUUGGGGCGAAGGAAUCAACGAGGAAUUCAAUGUCUCGUCGAAGUUCAGUGCUCCGCCGAGCCCCUCCGGUGAUCCCCGUCGGGAGGCCUACGUGACGGUCCUCCACUCCAAAGAAAAUUACGUGUGCGGCGCGAUCAUGCUAGCCCACAGGCUCCGCAAGACGGGCUCUGACCGCGACCUCGUCCUCCUCCACGACAAAUCCAUCGGCCCCCAGAAGCUCCAGGCGCUUGCCGACGCCGGUUGGGCGCUCCGCGAGAUCGAGCGCAUCCGUAGCCCCCAUGCAAAACGCGGCGCCUACAAUGAGUACAACUACAGCAAGCUCCGCAUCUGGCAGCUAAGCGACCACUACGACAAGGUCGUCUUCGUCGACUCCGACGUUCUCGUCCUGCGUAACCUUGACCACCUCUUCCGCCUCCCGCAGAUGUCGGCCACGGGGAACAGCCGCGCGAUCUUCAACUCCGGCGUGAUGGUCAUCGAGCCGUCGAACUGCACGUUCGAGGCGCUGAUGCUGCGCCGCGAGGACGUCGUCUCGUACAACGGCGGCGACCAGGGAUUCUUAAACGAGAUGUUCGCGUGGUGGCACUGGCUGCCGAGGAGGGUGAACUUCCUGAAGAUAUUGCGGGGCAACACGACGGAGGAGAGGCGGAUGAAGGACCGGCUCUACGUGACGGAGCCGGCGACGUUGUACGGGCUGCACUACCUGGGGAUAAAGCCGUGGAGGUGUUACAGGGACUAUGACUGCAACUGGAACGUGGAUGACCAGCGGAGGUUUGCGAGCGACGCCGCGCACGCGGUGUGGUGGCGGCGGCACGACGAGAUGGGGGAGGGGAUGAGGAGAAUGUGCGGGCUGACGGCGGAGAGGAAGCAGCAGCUGGAGAACGUUGGUUUGAUUCUGAAUAUUGGUACAACAAAGUGA